AUGACACAGACAAAACACCAGAAGACGGAGGUGGUAUCAGGACAUGGAGGAUGGUAUAGAAAUGGUGACAUGGGCGCAGGCAUAUUAUUCGAAACGGACCCCCUUCCCGAAGAUUCGGAUCCAGAUCUGCUCCACCGGCCGCCCAGCCCCCGGGAUCACGCCGCCAAUGUUUGGAUAAAUCCCAAGCUGAGCACGUUUCCACGUUUCCUGACGGGCUCUUACGAGAUGGAAAGGACGACAAAUCCGGAGCAGGUCGUUGGUGGCAAGCGGUGGUCCGCCAAGGCCCACUAUGGGAACACCUCUGCAGCAAGUGGCAGCGGUGGUUUGAGCAAGUUUCCGGAGCCCGCAGGCUCAGCCCAAAGCCUCAUAGGGAAGAAAGACAGGAAGCUCCUCGCAUGCGUAGUAGAGGCCACGACAGCCGGCCGAGGCCAGGUGGGAAUCCCGGGCGCCACUCCCGAGGCCGGGAUGAAGGAGCGAGAGGAGCAGUGA